AUGCCUCUCAAGAAGUCAUACUCGGAGCAUGUUGGUCCAGGGCCAAAGAACCGCUCAUGGCAACGCUCGAAAAGCAAUCCCGUCACUGCUCAAACCACGUCGCGACCUCUCGCCCCCGUAUCCGAUAAGACCAAGAACAAGCUGAACCAAUUCCAAUUCCAGUCCGCCGAUAAAACACAUGGCGACCAAGAAAAUGAUGCGACCGGCGACCUCUCCGUCACCCCGUCAACAAAGUUGAGCUGGCGAGAUCUGAUGGAGACGAAUGUACCCAAGAAAGAGACCCAAACCUCGCCAGGCGAACGGAUCCUAUGGGACAAUGAACGAAACAAAGAUGACCGCACCUAUGCCGCCGCCCUCUCCCCGAUGUUGCAAAGGAAAGGCCGGAAGCGUGCCAGGAGUUCUUCACCAGUGUCGUCCCCUGCCCACGACCAACCCGCAACGCCGGCUGUGAACGUCAAGAAGCUCAGCGAGGCCCUCAAAUCGCCGCAUGCCGACCCAACCUUGGAGCUUUGGGAUCGAUUCUCUCUUAGUAGCAACGGCAACGUCACUCCCCUCGGCGUCUCGAAUCCCGCCCUGGCUCACCUAAUGUUCUCCUCUUCUCCGCGCAACCUCAAGACUGCACCAGCCCCCGCUGGUGGCGAUGCUAAUCUGCGGAGAGCUAUAAGCUGCGGCCUCAAUUGGCCAAAGAGGAGAAGAGUGGACCGCGGAGAUACGCCUUCGUUAACCAGCACGUUGACACGGGAGACGACCGACAGCUCCAAGAACUCUCUAGUCACCGCGUUGCUGGACACCGUCACCGGGAGCAUUCAAGAGGACAGCCCGCCACAGGAGGCACCUGAGCUACUGCCCGAGCAUGAUUUCGAGACGCCGUCUCCUAAGAAGAGAAAGACGGAUACAAUGCGAAGGCCGCCGUCCUCGCCAACGCCGAGACCAACUCGGAUUCCAAAUUUGCCGCCCCCGGGCAAUAGCUCUCAUACGGCUGUGGCAAAGGACCUGGGCUUAGACAAAAAGACUGCUGCUCCAGCUGCCGAGUCCGACUAUGGCGACGAUGACUUUGACGAGUUCGACGACGACACUUUCUUGGAACUAGAGGCCGGUAUGAGUCUUUCCAAUCCCCAGCAAGAGCCGACGCAGACUACCCCGGUGCCCCCGCCCGUUCAAGCAGCCAAGCAGGACAUCAUCGCGAUGGAUGAUGAGUUUGAUGAUUUGGAUGAAGACAUUUUCGAGGCCGCGGAAGGGAUUAUGGAAACUGCAGAGAUACAUCUGGCGUCUCAAUCUGCAACAUCGGCAAAGCCUGCCUCCGCGCCGAGACCCUUACCGGCUCCUUUGGAUAACGACCCGGAUGAUGUCUUUGGUGACGACUUCGGCGGAGACUUCGAUUUCGACGCUGCAGAACUCGCUGCGACACAGACCGCUCAGCAAUCCCACGCCCCAUCCACAACUGCUACAAAACCCAAAGCCAUUCAGCGAUAUCUGGUGACCAAUGUCCUAGAAAGCGAGUACACAGACGAUCGUGAUCGGUCCAGAAUGGAAAAAAUUUUGAUCGUGCAAAAGGAUAACAGCAAGACCAUGAGGACAAUACACCUCCGCGGAGACUGGUUCGAGACACCAGCACACCCCAAAGCAUACGUACACGUCAUUGGCGACUUUUCUGCCGAUGGACGAUGCAUCAUUGAUGAUUCCCAAAACAUUCUCGUAUUGCAUCCCGAUCAACUGGUCUCCGCAACAGUCGUCGCCGAUUCUUUCAGUUGCAUGCGGCGGGCAGUCUUGCAAGACCGCGUCAAAGCCACUAGCGAAGCAACUGCUCCUCUUGUCUACGGCACCAUGCUUCACGAGAUCUUCCAAGAAGCCCUCAUGGCGAACAAAUGGGAUCUCCGGUUUCUCAGCACAAUUAUCGACAAGGUUAUCGACAAACAUGUAGAAGACCUGUACAAGAUCAAGCUCGAUGCUGUCGUACAGGAUCGCAAUGGCAAAAAAGCCAACAUGUGUGUCAGCAAGCUGCUUGAUGUUGAGGAGCAUGUCUGGUCACCCAUGUAUGGCCUGAAAGGAAACAUCGAUGCGACUGUCCAAGUCACGAUGAAAGACGGCAAAGAUCUCAAGACCUUGACCGUACCAUUCGAGGUCAAGACGGGGAAGCAUGCCAACGCCAACCACAUGGCGCAAACAGCUCUGUACAACUUGCUCCUAUCAGACCGCUAUGAUCUGGAAAUCGUCUAUGGCAUCCUUUACUACAUGGAGACAUCCCAGACGAUGCGCAUUCCCACCAUCCGUCACGAACUACGGCACAUGAUUAUGCAAAGAAACCAGCUAGCAUGUCAUAUUCGAGAACGCAGUGUUCAGCUGCCGCCGAUGAAAAGGAGUAAGAACAUGUGCGGGAAAUGCUACGCCAAGGCUCCGUGCUUCAUCUAUCACAAGCUUGCAGAUGACGGCAAUGGAGAAACGAGCGGGAUGGAUGUGCAGUUUGACGAGGUAGUAAAGCAUCUUACACCCAAGCAUCAGGAUUUCUUUCUCAAAUGGGAGAAUCUCCUGACGAAGGAGGAGAAGGAGACGCAGAAGCUGAAGAGAGAGUUGUGGACGAUGGUCAGUCAAGAGCGAGAGAAGGUGGGAAGAUGUUUCUCGGAUGUCAUCAUUGAGGAAGGCUCGUGGUCCGAAGACCAGGGAACUUCAAAGAUCAACCGCUUUAACUACACCUUCAUCAAGCGAUUGCCAAACCCUGGCCAUUCUUUCCUGGAGUCUCAGCUGGCCGUAGGUGAGCCCAUUGUCGUCUCCGACGAGCAGGGACAUUUUGCGCUUGCGCUGGGCUACGUAACCGCUGUCCGCAAGCAGAGGAUUAGCGUGGCCGUCGAUCGACGGCUGCACAACGCGCGAAUCCGUCAACCAGGCUUUGACGAGUCCAACAACCAAGUCUUUGCCAGUAUCAUGGAGGUUGUUCCUGAAGGCUCAACCCAAGACGACGCCCAGGGAAAGAUCCAGCAAGCACCCAUCCGCUAUCGACUCGACAAAGACGAAUUCAGCAACGGCAUGGCGGUCGUGCGAAACAACCUCGUACAAACCAUGGCGGAAGGUGUUUUCGGCUCUCGAGAAAUCCGCCGGCUUGUUGUCGACCUUGUUCCGCCGAGAUUCAAGGCAGCACCCACGCAGUAUACUAUCGCUGACCAAGAGUCCCUGAAUGUGGAUCAACGCAAGGCGAUUGAAAAAGUCAUGAGUGCUCAAGACUAUGCGUUGGUGCUCGGCAUGCCUGGUACAGGCAAAACAACGACGAUUGCUCACAUCAUCAGAGCCCUCACAUCCCAGGGAAAGAGUGUGCUGCUCACCUCGUACACUCAUACCGCUGUCGACAACAUUCUUCUCAAGCUCAAGGACGACAAGACGCCGGUCCUGCGUCUCGGCGCCCCCGCCAAAGUCCACCCCGAUGUGCAGCAAUUUGCGAUUCUGGCCGGCCAACCGAUGAACUCUUUCGAUGAAAUCAAGGCAGCAUGGCACGACACGCCGAUUGUCGCAACGACCUGCCUCGGUAUUGGGCAUCCGCUCUUCAACGAACGGACAUUCGACUACUGCAUAGUCGACGAAGCCUCUCAGAUCACGCUCCCCAUCUGUCUUGGGCCGAUCCGAAUGGCAAAGACUUUCGUCCUUGUUGGAGAUCACAACCAGCUUCCGCCUCUCGUCCAAAAUGAGGAGGCACGCGAAGGCGGUCUUGAUGUCAGCUUGUUCAAGCUUCUCUCAGAUACACACCCUGACUCGGUGGUCAAUCUGGAACACCAGUAUCGUAUGUGCGAAGACAUCAUGACCCUCAGCAACACCCUCAUUUACAAGGGGCGCUUGCGAUGCGGCACUGAGCAGCUACGAUUUAAGAAGCUUGACGUGCCAAACAUGAGCGCGCUGAAACAGCUUCACUACGACUCAUCGACCAUACUUCGCCCAGGCACUCCGAAGUCAUUUUGCACAUCAAUGGCGCAAAGCUGCUGCUGGCUUCGUGACCUGCUUGAUGGUGAAACCCGUGUGAAGUUUGUCAACACCGACACGCUUCAGCCCCUGACCCGUGAGGAGGCGAAAGGAAAUCGAAUUGUCAACCCGGCCGAGGCACGCAUAGUUACGCAACUAGUUGAGGGUCUGCUCACUGUCGGAGUGCCUGAUGGAGAGAUUGGAGUCAUGACACACUAUCGUUCACAACUUUCCUUGCUCAAGCAUGGUCUUCGCGCCCAUGUCGGCGUGGAAAUGCAUACUGCAGAUCGAUUCCAAGGCAGAGAUAAGGACGUCGUCAUUUUGUCCCUCGUCCGCAGCAACGAUAGCUGCAGCAUCGGCGACCUGCUGAAGGACUGGCGCCGCAUCAACGUGGCCUUCACUCGCGCCAAAACCAAGCUUCUCGUCGUCGGAAGUAAGAGCACGUUGAAGGGCAGCGGAAAAGAAGAGAUGCUCAGCAAGUUCAUCAGUUUGAUGGAGGAGAGAGACUGGAUUUACGACCUACCUGCCGAUGCUUUGGAGAAUCACUUUUUUGACGAUACGCCGACACAGCUGACCGCCAGCGGCGUCUCGCCUCUGAAGGCGAAGAAGAGUAUGAGCCCAAGAAAGGGCAUCAGUCCAAGAAAGAUCCCGAAGUUGGGGUUGGGUGUCGAUAAGGAGAACCGGCGACCUGAGCCCAAGCGGGCAAGGAUUGGAGAGAAAGUGCUUAUGAAGGAUAAAGUCAUUCUCAGGGAUAUUCUGAAUGACAUGACAAACGGCGGUUAUUGA